GGCGAGGACAGUUUGGGCGGACACUUCUUCCGUGCUCUGCCUCGUUUGCUGCAGGUGGCGCCUCCGGGAAUGGCGCCCUGUGCCUUGGGAAGCCUCGUUGAGGUUCUAGUGAAUGCCACUGGGGCUCCGAAAAACGGAGGACAUCCUGGUCACGGCGGUCUCACCCACUGGCAUUUCGCACAACUGUCCGCUGAAGAAGAUCGACGAGGGUCACAGUGCCAUAUUCAAGCCGGAUGAGGCGGGCAUUUGGGAGAUAGCCAUCACCUACCAGGGUCGCCACAUCCAGGGAGGACCCUUCACCUGUGCCGUUUUCGAUGCCUCCGGGGUUUCCGUUCAUGGAUUGGAUGGAGCCAUGCCCUUGAGGGCCCACACCUUCGAGGUGGAUGCCCGUGGAGUGGGUGUCUCCGGGGAACUCCAUGUGGACAUCGUCCACGAUAAGCACUCGCUGGUCUGCUCUGUGGAGAAGAUCGUGGAGAACAAGUACCGGGUGACCUUUAUGCCCAGGCAGAACGGAAAGUACCGGGUGUACAUCUACUUCAAUGGCUACGAUGUCAAGGGAUCGCCUUUCAUCAUGCGUGUUGGAACCAAAGGAAGAUCAGGAAAAACACGGAGCAGUCCGCUGCACGACAGCAAACACCGCUCGGAAAGUCCCUCGAUGCACUUUAUAUCCACCACGAAUACCCGGCACAAUGACUACCGCAACUCCUCCCUUUCGAGACACAAUACGGCUGAAAGGACCAACAGCUAUUCGCCACAAUAUUCCCCCAAGUUGGAUACAACCGAUUAUCACAGUUCGAGUUCAAGGUACUAUAAACGGGAAAGUGAGGAGAACCAGGCCACACCACCACCAGCUGCACCACCAAUCAGUGGCUCACCCACGGUGAAGUAUCUAAACUCCGCCGAUCUUUAUACGGAAACUCUGAACGGAAGACGCGAUUCGAAGGCUUCGAACAGCAGCUCUUCGAAAAAUGAUUACUAUUAUGACAAGGAGAACGAGUUGUACAGCCAGCGAAGGGGAGUGACCAAGCCCAAGUUGACGCCACCGCGCGAGGAACGUGAGCUGACCAGCACCACCAAUGUCAGCAACACCACCAGCAGCAGCAGCAGCUUCCACCAGCAGCAGCGCCACCAGCAGUUGGCCACCAGCACUCUGACCAGAUCGCUUAGUCCAAUUCCUAGUCCCACACUCAAUACCCGAUCGAGCGAGAUGCACACCCACAGCCCGUUGACCAUCAAGACGUCCAAUCAAUACGAGAGCUCUACGCGGAACAUCACCAGCAGUCCAAGACACGCCUCUGUUUCACCUGUGCAACGUUAUUCUCCCAAUAGCGCCUAUAUUUCCACGGCCACCCACAGGAUGGGAAGUCCUUUGACCAGUCCAGUGAGCAAGAAUGGCUACGAAACCUCGCGAACCGUCGAGAAAUCGUCGACGUACAAGUCCACAUCGAACUACGUGACCGACUCGAACAUGCGGGCCAGUCCCUCGCUGUACGGAACUGCGGAGCGACUCCGCCGGACUGGAUCGCCGGAGCCGCGCAUCGAUCACUCCUCCAAUGUGAGGGUGUCCUCGAUGAAGCCGGCCACCGCCAGAAGGGACAGCUGGGACGUCAUCAACAAGACGAAGCACAUGCUCUCGCACAAUUCGCUCGAAUCGCUGGCGAACAUGACCGAGAAGCAGCUGAACACGGAACUGCAGUACAACCGGCCGGACUUGGACCACGAGACGCACCGGAACACCCAGUACAACAAGUUCGCUCUGCACAAGCAGCAGCAGCAGCAGCAGUCGGACUACCGCCGGGAUUCCCCCGAUGAUGGGGAGCGCUACAAACCCAGUGCCAUUACAGUCAAGUCACAUUCGAACAAUACUUACACGGACAAGUCCGGUGGAUAUACGAAAACCGUAAAGGAGUCCAGCGAACAUGUGGUAACCGAGAGCAACGGACAUGGAACUGCUCCUGGUUAUGGAUACAGCUCCCUGUCUAGAUUUCGACCCAUAGACAGCAAUGCCACUGGUGCCAGGGCGAUUCGGGUGCAGGAUAUUCCGAAUGGCUCUAUCGGAAGACCCGUCGAGUUCGAGAUCGAUGGCUCGAAGGCAGGAUCCGGUAAUCUGGAGAUCCUGGUCAACGGCGGGCGUGUCACCUCCUCGGUCCGCUCGCUGGGAGGUCAGAGGUUCAUCGCCAGCUUCACGCCCCACGAACAUGGAACGCACACGGUGCAGAUCACCUUCAAUGGCGAAACAGUUCCAGGUUCACCGUGGCACGCUGAGAUCAUGUCCUCACCCGGUCUGACCGCUCUGGGCGAGUCCACUCGCCUGGUUCCCGCCAAUACGCCGGCGGUUUUUGAGAUACUGCCGCCUCCUGGACAAUCCCUGAGUAAGGGCGAGUGCGUGGCCACGGUUUUGACGCCCAGCAAGUCGAAACUGAAUGCCAGAGUCACCCACGAGGCGGCAAAUGGUGCUGCUCGCAUCGAGUUCGUGCCCACCGAAGUGGGCACCCAUGUGAUCGAUGCGUCCAUUAACGGCACGAAGAUCGCUGGCGGUCCGCUGAUCGCCAAGGUCUACGACUCCAGUUUGAUCCAGGUGACGGAGGUGAACGGCGGCGUUGUCGGGCAGCCGUGUCAAUUCCGUGUGGACGCCAGCGCCGCCGGCGAGGGACAACUGGAGAUAUCCAUCAAUGAGGGCGAGGUGCCCAAUCAUGUCCAGGUCGUCGGCGGUGGUCGAUGUUUGGUGUCCUUUACACCGGAACAGGCCAAAUCCCAUCUGAUUGACAUUAAGUUCAACGGCGAAACGGUGCGAGGAUGUCCGUUUGUUUGCGCCGUGGCGGAUACCUCGCGGGUGCUCCUGAAUCUCUCCAAUCUGGAGUUGAUCCCCGUCAACAGGCCCUCCUCGUUUCACAUCACCGUGAGCGGCGGAGGAGCCGCCGAGUUGGCUGUCAGUGUGCGCGGUCCCCAGGGCGAGUUGCCCGUCCGGGUGACUGGAGAUAUCCACGCUGGCUUCACCGCCGAGUUCACGCCCACCACCGUUGGCGGCCAUUCGAUCAAUGUGGAGUACAACGGGUUCGCCGUCCAGGGAACCCCCUUCCUGGCCAAGUCGUACGACGCCAGCAAGGUGGUGGUGGGCAGUGUCUCGCGGGGCACGAUGGGUCGUCCGGUGCAGUUCACCGUCGAUGCGGGCGAUGCCGGCGAGGGCAACCUCGAGAUCACCAUCUCCGCCAAGGGACAGAACAUUCCCACCCAGGUGCAUCCGCAGGGCAGUGCAAGGUUCUCGGUUUCAUUUGUGCCGACGGAGUCGUGCGAGCACACGAUCAACGUGUCAUUCAACAAGAUGCCCGUGCCGGGCUGUCCGAUAACGGUGAGCAUCAGUGGGGGCGUGGCAGGACCGCAGGUGUCCUUGGGCGGACCGGGACCCGUGCACCAGACCAAUUCUUUUGUAAUCAAUCACAACGGCGGCCGUUUGGAGGACAUCGAGGUGAACGUGGAAGGACCUGCUGGCCAGUCGGUUCCAGCUCAAGUUCAUCAGUCCGCCGAUGGAGUCUUCAAGGCGGAGUUUGUGCCCAGAGUCGUCGGCGAACAUCGGGUUAAUGUUACGGUCAACGGAUUACCCACCGCCGGAAGUCCGUAUGCAGCCAAGGUCUACGAUGUGAGCGCCAUCAAGGUGAAGAAUGUGAGCAGCGGAACGGUGGGCAAGGCGGUCACCUUCCUGGUGGAGACCUCCCAGGCGGGACCGGGCAACCUGGAGGUGACCGUGAAUGGAGGUAGGGUUCCCACCUCAGCCCAGGCUCAGGGUCAGCACACCUAUGCCAUCAGCUUCACGCCCCGCGAGGCUGAGAGCCACACCGUGGAACUCCGAUUCAACAGCCAGGAUGUUCCUGGUUCACCAUUCACCUGUCGAGUGGCAGCCGCUGCUCGAAUCCAAUCCCCGGAAACCAUGGACAAAGUGAGCGUGGGUCGACUAUUCGAAUUCGUGGUGGAAUCGGACACAAAACCAACCGUUGAGGUGCUUGGACCUGCGAGGAGAAGUGUUCCCGUGAAGAUCGAUCCACUGGGUUCGUCCACUCUGGGCUACAAUGUCAAGUUUGAGCCCAUGGAAGUGGGUGAUCACUCGGUGGAGGUUCGUUUGCCUGGAGGUGGUCAUGUGGAGGGCAGUCCCUUCCUGCUAAAAGCCUACUCCGCUGAAAAGGUCAUUGUGACAGACAUUCGAGCUGGAGUGGUAAACAAAAGCGUGAGCUUCGGAAUCAACGCAUCGCAAGCAGGAGCUGGCAACCUGGAGAUCAUUGUGGCCGUCAAUGGCAAAAAUGUACCCAAUUUCGUUCAAUCCGAGGGUAAUGCCCGGUUUAAGGUGAACUUUAAGCCCACGGAGGCGGCCACCCAUUCGCUUUCGGUGCGAUUCAAUGGACAUCCGGUGCCGGGUUCGCCAUUCAGUUGUCACAUUGCCGCUGCAGCGGCUUCACCUUCGAUGGGUUUACCCCGAGCCAUGGCCAUGGGUGAAUGUCUGAAACAGGCAGCCGUCAAGAUGGACAACACCUUCGAACUCGAGGGUUUCGAGGGAGUGGAACCGCAGAUCUUUGUAACCUCGCCUUCGGGGGAUAACGAGCAUUGCCAAUUGAGUCAGCACGAUGGAGGCAGUUACUCGGCUUCGUUUAGACCCACCACAGUGGGUCGUCACCUGAUCAGUGUCACGGCCAAUGAUCAGCACAUCAAUGGUUCCCCCUUCAGCUGCAAUGUGUUUGAUGUCUCCAGGGUGAGCAUCAGUGGUCUGGAGCAGCAGUACGGACCGGCUAACCUGGGUGUUCCGGUGACCUUCAGUGUGGAUGCCGCAGGAGCUGGUGAGGGAACCCUGGAGCUAGUGGUUUCCACGGACAGCAGCACCGUAAAAGCUGAGGUGGUGGCCUGUGCCCGAGGACUCUACGAUGUUACCUUUGUUCCCCAGAGCACGGAACCCCAUUACGUGAACAUCACAUUCAACGAGGUGGCAGUGGAUGGAAGUCCCUUCCGCGUGGAUAUUCAACAGCACACCCAACACAUUCAGAUUGGCAGCUUGGCAGCCAUUGACUUCCCAGCAGAUGAUCAGAUCGUUGAGAUCUUCUCACCAGAUCAGAAAUCGGUGCCUUACUCCAUAAACAGACAAACAGCGGAGUUCAGGACCCACAUGACUGGAAACUAUACCCUGCGUUUCAUAGAUCGUGAGACCCGUCAGCACAUCGGAUCCCGCACUCUGUGUGUUUUUGAUCCCACUCUGGUGAAGAUCACAGAAGUGAGCGAGGCUUUCUGCCAUCGUCCUGCGAGUAUCGGAGUGUCCUUAAACGAGGCUGGUCAAGGAGACCUAUCCGCUUUGGUGCGAUGUGGAGCCACCGAAGUGCCACAUACGAUUCGAGGCCCAAGUAAGACCGGAGUGUACGAGAUUGUCUACCAACCAACUCGAGUGGCUCCCCACAAGAUCAGCAUUCUGUUCAAUGAGGUUCCCAUUUCACUGAAACCCCUGGAGAUCAAUGUUCUUCCCGCAAGUGCUGGCAAGGAAAUCAGCGUCAGUGGUUUGGGGUUGUAUCAAAGUCGAGUUGGAAAGACCACUUCCUUUGCCAUCGAUACGGUGAAAAGGCCAGCUAGGGAAUUCGAUGUGGUGGUUUCGGGACCAGGAGGACAAGCUCUGCCGGUGAGAUGCUAUCAGACUAAGAAUGGUCAUCUGCAGGCCGAGUUUACUAUCAACAAGCCGGGACAGUGUGUGAUUGAGGUUCUCCACCAAUCGAAGCCCCUGCCCGGCAGUCCCUUCACCUGCGAGUCCUUCGACAGCAGCAAAGUAACCACCCAAGGAGUCACCAAGGAGCCUUUGGCUCUUCACAGUCCAAAUAGUUUCACCGUGCGAACGGAUAAUGCCGGAACCGCUGAACUCGAGGCCUUUGCCAUCUCGCCGAGCAAUCAGAGUUUGCCAGUUUUGAUUAGCGAACAAUCGGAGGGAGUCUACAAUGUGGAGUUUGUACCCUCCCAACCAGGAAAUUACAAAUUGACCCUGAUGUACGGAGGAGAAACGAUUCCCAGUUCACCGCUGAAUUUCACUGCCUCUUCGAGUGGAGUGAGAAAUGAUGCUCGGGCAGCUGGUCACGGAUUGGAGGUUUGUCACCGGAACAAGGAGGCAUCCUUUGUGGUCUACUGUCCCAUUGCUCCAAAUGUUCAGAUUGAGCGAUUGGAUGAGUACGGCGAGAGGAUAGAACCCAAGAUCAAGGCUUUGGGCAACAAUGAGUGGCGCAUCUCCUACACAAUUUUGUCUGUGGGAAAAUACGAAAUCAGAGCCAGUUGUCCGAAUCGAGGAAGUUUGCCGGGAUCUCCCUGGCACAUCAGCUGUGUGGAGUCCAAUAAGGUUACACCCGUUGGUGGUUGGGGAACCCUGGUGGAUCAUGAUGGUCGCUUGAUUCUCCCCGCUCGAAUCAUCUUCGAUGUGGAGAAUGCUGGACCUGGAAAGCUGGUUUGCAGCAUUGAUGGCAUUGAAAUACCUGUGGAUAAGUUAGUUGAUGGCAAAAUGUGUCUGAAUAUCACGGGAGAGAAUCUAGCUGCAGGUGAGCACGACUUGGACUUAACCUGGAGCGGAUUGACCAUCACCCAGUGUCCGAGGAGUGCCUUCGUCACCGGACAACAAGCUGCGGAUAAGGUUCAACUGAUGGGUCGUGGUUUGGCGGCAGCUCAAGCUGGAGAAGCCGCCCACUUCACCAUCGACGCCUCGAAUGCUCCGGCUGGCAGACCAGAGGUGAUCCUCACCAGCCAGGACAACACUUCGCUGCCCGUAAGUUUGGCUCAACCGCGACCCAGCGAGAAUAUCUGGAUGGCCUCGUAUACUCCGCUGAAAUCCACAACUGGCACUCUGAAUCUCUCCGUGAAAUGGAAUGGCCGUUUGGUCAAGGGAUGUCCCCUUACUGUGGCCGUUGGUUCGUCGAUGGAUGCCUCGAAGGUGAUUGCAUCUGGUGAGGGACUUCGUCACGGAAUUGUGGGCAAGGACAUCAAGUCCUGGAUAGACACGAGGAGAGCUGGACCCGGGGAACUCACUGCUCAUUGUGCUGGUGUUCGCAAAGUGGCCUACUGUGAGCUGUACGAUCACGGUGAUGCCACGUUCACCUUAAAUAUUAAGCCACAGGAACCAGGUCGACAUCUGCUGACCAUCAAAUACGGAGGACAGAAUGUUCCGGGAUCGCCUUUUGCACUGAAAGUGGCCGGAGCACCGGAUGCCAGCAAGGUUCGUGUUUAUGGACCUGGAAUCGAACAUGGCGUGCUGGCCACCUUCCAGUCGCGUUUUAUUUGCGAUACCCGAGGCGCUGGAGCAGGUCAACUCACAGUUCGGGUUCGAGGACCCAAGGGAGCAUUCCGCGUGGAAAUGCAGAGGGAAAGUCAGAAAGAUCGCACCAUACUCUGCAAGUACGAUCCAACCGAACCAGGCGACUAUCGAGUCGAGGUUAAGUGGGCCGGUGAAUUCGUGCCAGGAUCACCGUUCCCGGUCAUGAUCUUCGACACCGAGGAGGAGUUACGAAGGUACUUACAGGGCAUAUGAGGCCAGCUCAACCACCAUGUCAUCGUCUUCCCCAGUGGCCUCAGUCCCCUGUCCAUAAAUCGUGAUCAAAUGCGGCGCCGAAACCCCACUUGUUCUCCCCUUUAGCCGAUCAAGUCUAGAGAUCCAUCCCCUGUAGUAUAAAUAACUAAGCUAAAGAACUAAAUGUUAUACUAAUCGACCUAGCUAACUUAAAAACAUAAUGAACCGAAUAAUUAAAUACUUAGGCUAAUCCCAAAAGAAAGCUUUCGCUUUUGAUUAACAAUAGUCUUAAUAUGUUGAGCAAUGUAAAAAUUUGCAAUUGGUUUAAUUUUUAAGCAUUGUAUGCAAUACACACUUAAAUAAAUAUCUUCAUUCAA